AUGGACGGAAUGUCAUCAUCGAUUAAAUUAAUCACUUUCGACGUGACCGGUACGAUUUUAUUAUUUAAAACACCCGUUUUGAAAAAAUAUGCAUCGACGGCAUUCGAAAAUGGAUUAAAUGCCGAUUAUGCAACAUUGGAAAAAAAUUUUUUAAAAGGUUGGAGUUCGUUACGGGAAAAACAUCCGAAUUUUGGUAAAAAAACAGGAUUGGGUUGGGAAAAAUGGUGGAUGAAAAUGGUAGAAAAAACAUUUGACGGUUUCAUUAAUGAAAACGAUAAUAAAAUAGUGAAAAUAGCAAAUGACCUAAUUAAAUAUCAUUCGACCGCAGAUGCAUUCGAGAUAAGAGACGGAACGAAAGAUUUAUUAAAUUAUUUAAAAAAUAAAAAAAAAAAAAAUUUAGGAAUCGUAUCCAAUUACGAUCCUCGUUUGCACAUAAUAUUAAAACAAUUGAAUUUAAAUAAUUAUUUUGAUUUCGUUUUAACGUCCUACGAAUUCGGAUGUGAAAAACCAAACGAGAAAAUUUUCCGAGAAGCUUUAAAACUCGGCAAUUGUCAUAAUGGAGUCGAAGCACUUCACGUUGGUGACGAUUACGUAAAUGAUUAUUUAGGUGCAAAAAAUGCCGGUUUAAAUGCCAUUUUAAUUAAUCAAAAUGAAAAAAUUAACGAUUAUGUUAAUCAUUCGGACGUAUUUGAUAAUUUUCAUCGUCUUAAAAAACAUUUGGAAAAAUUUUAA